CCUCUUUCUCUCUCCCGUCCGUGGCGGCGCCCUCCGCUUCGCCUGCCUCCCCUUUACCGUUUCUAGGGUUUGGGCCAUCGUAUCCUCCCAGAAUAGCGCGCACUGUUAGUCCCUUCGUUGCCACCUCGAAAUCCGACCAUGGCGGCCGUCGCACCUGCUCCUCUUGCUGACCAAACUACAGAUCUGAUGCGGAAGCUAUCGUUGGAUUCUAAGAACAUGAGUAGCGAUGCUUCAGAGGUGACAAAGAAGCCAUCUGGGGUUCAGUAUGGUUCAGUAAAUGGUAGGGAAGCACCAAUGGUGUCGAUCCCCACGAGCGAGCGGUCUCUGACUCCGCUGCUUCAGGAGCAUCUCGAUACGAGCAUGUUCUACUACCCCAAUGGACAUGCUUCAUCUUUCUACUAUGGAGGUUAUGAUGGAUCAGCAACUGAGUGGGAGGCUUACCCAAGAUACGUUAGUCCUGAUGGAUCGGAGGUGCCUCCACUUGGAGUUUAUGGUGACAUGUAUCACCAUGGAUAUGGUUAUGCUUCUUAUGGUCCGUGGUUGGGACACAACAGUCAGUUAUAUGGACCCCAGCAUUACCAGUUUCCGCCUACAUAUUACCAGCCACCCACACCCACACCCACUUGUGUGUCAUACACGACAAGCCAAACUCCUAGUUCUAAAGGGGAAGUAUCCACAUCUGCUGCUGCUGACCUCCCUUCUAUUCCAGUAGACACAAAAGCUGAUUCAAAUGUGAUGGCUCAAACAAUAACAAAUGUCAAUGAUGUAUCAGCAACACUCAAACCAAACCAACAGAACUCAUUGUUGAAUCAAAGUGGCUCAUUUGGUAAAGGUGGUUUGCUUGGUGGUCUUCCUUCAGGCUACCAGGAUCCAAGAUUUGGUUUUGAUGGUAUGUGGUCACCCGUUCCAUGGUUUGAUGGUCCUAUAUUUUCUGAUGGACAACAUAAGCCAGCUACAACUAAUAAUAUUUCUUCUAUGACUACACAAAUUGGCAACACUAUGUCCACAAGAAACCAGAAUACCCGCCUCCAGCCUCAUCACAUGGGAAUGCAUGCCUCAGGACCAGCAGCUCCUGGUGUGGCGAACAAGCUGUAUCCUAGCAACCGGAUGUAUGGUCAUCAGAAUGCUAAUGGAUUUGGAAAUCAUCAGAGUUAUAGUUCAAGUAUGUACAACUCCAGAAUGAAUGGAAGAUGGGGGAUGUCUACAGAUAACAACUAUAAGUCAAGGGGCCGAGGUAAUGGAUUCUGUGGUUAUGGUAAUGAGAACUUGGAUGGGCUAAGCGAGCUCAAUAAAGGACCAAGGGCUGGCUGUUUCGGAAACCAGAAGGGGUUUGGACCUAAUGUUACCAUUGCAGUAAGGGUACAGAGCCUUUCUGCAAACGUAAAUGUUCAGGAGUCUGUUGCAAUUCCUGGAAGUGGUCAGUACAACAAGGCAGACUUCCCUGAGACAUAUUCAAAUGCUAAGUUUUUCAUCAUUAAGUCAUACAGCGAGGAUGAUAUCCACAAGAGUAUUAAGUACAAUAUCUGGUCUAGCACUCCCCAUGGGAACAAGAAGCUUGAUGCUGCGUAUCAAGAAUCUAAAGAGCAGACAAGUGGAUGCCCAAUCUUUUUGUUUUUCUCUGUGAAUACGAGUGGACAAUUUGUCGGUGUUGCAGAAAUGAUAGGACGAGUUAAUUUUAACAGAACAUUUGGUUACUGGCAGCAGGAUAAGUGGAUUGGGUGUUUUCCUGUUAAGUGGCAGAUUGUGAAGGAUGUACCUAAUAACAUCCUGAAGCACAUAAUAUUGGAAGACAACGAGAAUAAACCAGUGACAAAUAGUAGAGACACUCAGGAGGUGAAGCUAGACCAAGGUCUUCAACUGCUUAGGCUUUUCAAAGAUCAUGUGAGCAAGACAUCCAUUUUGGAUGAUUUCAGUUUCUAUGAGGACCGCCAGAAGAUGAUGCAAGAAAAGAGAUCCAAGCUACAGCUGCUUCAGAAAAAGAUCAUCGAUGAAAGCCCGGUGCAUUUUGAUGAGAAAGAUAUGGAUGGGGUAAGCAGGAACCCUGGACUACAAAAGCCCUUGGAAGUGAAGAAUGAAUCCGGCCAGGGUGAGCUUGCACUUGGGGAAUCAGCACAAGCAGAAAGAAGGGUGGCGCUGCUGUAGCUGAUGCUAAACCAGUGACUGAGAAGUUGGUUGUGGUUGAUGGGGUUCCGAACUGCUGCUAAGUUAUUGAACCCAUUUUGAGCAGCUACAACCGUAAGCUGCUCUCAACAGCUGCUCUCAAAGUUUUACAACAUAAGGAAUUUAUACUAUAUCGUCCACGAGGCAUGCAUGUUGCUGCCUAUGCCCAGGGUCUAACUCAGCCACUGAAAUGUAGCUAAGUAGUAGCUUUCCUGUCCUAGCUUAAUAGUUAUAUAGAGUUCGUUUUCCAUUUCCAAGCUGCCCUUGGAGGUGGAGAUUGGUAACUAGGGUUUUCAUAGGUAUUAGAGUCAAUCAACCUGUUCUAUGUGCACCUAAUAGUGUAUUUUCUUGCUUUCUUUUCAUCUGCAAGGAUCAUCUCUUUGGCUGAUA